CGCCCGACUGAAGUGCGAGUCGAAGCCCGAGCGCUAAUUUUUGGAACCCUAGCUCGCGACUGCUCUCCGCCUCGCUUCUUCUGGGAUCGAUCGAAGAUGAAGCUCGUCAGGUUUUUGAUGAAGCUCACCAAUGAGACUGUCUCGAUCGAGCUCAAGAAUGGCACCGUUGUUCAUGGCACCAUCAUCGGUGUGGAUAUCAGCAUGAACACCCACUUGAAGACUGUGAAACUGACAGUGAAGGGAAAAAAUCCGGUUACACUCGAUCACCUCAGUGUGAGAGGCAACAAUAUUAGGUACUACAUCCUACCUGACAGCCUGAACCUUGAGACUUUACUCGUCGAGGAAACGCCUCGGGUCAAACCCAAAAAACCCACCGCUGGGAGGGCUCUGGGCCGUGGUCGUGGCCGAGGGCGUGGUCGCGGACGAGGCCGUGGCCGUUAGAAGCAUCCACUUCAUCAGAAUUGUUUCCGCAGCUGUUUAUGUGCAAAUACCUUGCUAUUAUCAGCGAUAGUAUUUAUGCUUAACACAGCAGGCAAGACUUUGUUGUAGCUCUAAAUGACUGACGUUUUGAUUUGCCAAAAUUUCUGUUCUAGUAUUUUUGGACGUUUUGUAAAGUGUGUGUUCUUGUUGUGGAUGCUAGCUUAGUUCUCACUAUAAAAAGAAUCAAUUGAGGUU